UCUUUUAACAUCCAAGAAAACCCUAAACCCUCCCAGAUAAAACAUUUCAAUCAAAAUAUAAUCUUGGAUCCAAUCACUCCCUUAUACAUCUAAAGAUCAAAACUUUAUCGUAAACAAACAAAGACCCAUAAAUCGAAAUCACAAAAAAUGGCAUUCAGAUCAAAGGAAAUGGUGAAAAAGAUUAUGAAAAAUAUUGGGGGUGAAAAGAAUUUGGAUCCAAGAGUUAAAGAAUCACUAAAAAAAUGUUUGCCGGAUAGUAAGGUGAUUAUGGGUAGGGCCCACCGUGGAAUCUUUGCUGGCCGUCAUAUUCAGUUUGGUAAUCAAGUUAGUGAGAAAGGUGGAAACAAGACUCGGAGGAGCUGGAAACCCAAUGUGCAAGAAAAGAGGCUCUUCAGUUAUGUUCUGGAUCGCCACAUUCGAGUAAAAGUAACAACACAUGCUCUUCGUUGUAUAGACAAGGCAGGUGGAAUCGAUGAGUAUUUGCUAAAGACACCAUACAAGAAGAUGGACACAGAGAUGGGUCUUUUAUGGAAAUCCAAAAUAGAAAAGAUGUAUGAAGAGCUCGGAAACAUGGAGGUUGUUUUCUUUCCACAAGAGGAAGAAAUCAAACUUGCAGAGGAAUUUAAAGAUAUGAGACUAGAACAACGGCUUGCUCGUAGUAUUGCCCGAAGGAAGGCAUUUGUUGGGUCUCCAGAACCCGAACAAAUUGAGGGCAGUGAAGAAUCUGAAGCAAAUCAUCAUGAGGAACUUGUUGCUAAUUCUUAGAUUGCCAGGUAUUUCAUCAAAUAGAUAAGUUUCUUACUGCAUAUGAGCACCAAAGUCCAAACACUCAACAAACAACCUGUUCUCCGAUACAAUUUGUGUGUCUCCAGUUUUUGGUCUUGAAAAUGAUUAGUGGAUUAGAGAUUUAGAGUUAUAGAUUCACAAAAUUUAACUAUAAUGAAACAGCUUGUAAGGAAAUAAUUAUUGAAUGCACUUUUGUUGUUUAAA